AUGGAGCUAGUUAAGAUUCUUAGGAAUAGAAAGAUCAAUAUUGUGUGUGUCCAGGAGACUAAAUGGGUAGGUUCUAGGGCUAGAGAUGUGGAUGAGUAUAAGUUGUGGUACUCAAGUAGUGAGAGGCACAGGAAUGAAGUAGGUAUCUUAAUGGACGAAGAGCUUAAGGGGCAGGUAGUGGAGGUUAAUAGGGUUAGUGAUAGAGUAAUGACUAUUAAUUUGGUCAUUGAGGGGUUUACGGUGCAUGUCUGUAGUGCUUAUGCGCCUCAGGGUACGAUGAUGUGCAUGGAGGCUUUGGUUUUAAGGAUAGGAAUGAAGAGGGAUCUGCUCUUUUGGACUUUUGAGAGGGCCUUUGGGUUGGUGGUAGUGAAUUCGAACUUUUCGAAGAAAGAGGAGCAUCUGGUUACUUUUCGUAGUAGGAUAACCAAGACUCAAAUUGACUUUUUGCUGCUUAGGAAGGGGGAUAGAGCUCUGUGUAAGGAUUAUAAGGUCUUUCCAAAUGAGAAUCUUGCGACCCAACAUAGACUCCUGGUGAUGAAUUUGGUUAUAAAGAUGGUCAAGAAGAGGAUGAGUGGGGAGGGUCGACCUAGAGUUAGGUGGGGUGGCCUGACUCUGGUCAGUGCUUUAGAGAUGGAGGUGAAGUUGGAAGGGAUGGUGGCGUGA